CUUUACGCGUCGCACGCACCAACACCGUGCGCUGUUUCAUUUUUGUCACCGACACCGCGCGACGAUUUUUUUCUCGACUCAUAACAGUAUCAAUAUAAUAUCCACUCGUCCUCGGUCUCUUGCGAUCCUUCGAAGACGUUGCACUACCGUUGUUUUUCAUCUUAUUGGCCCGUCAUCAUCUUUCCUACUCACACGUACUGCUCGUCGUUCAGCACGUUUACUGUUCUUCGACCUAGUUCUCCUCCGCGCCGAUCCGCGGAUUGCUGCAAUAUUUACGUCGUUCAUCUGCAGACACAGAAGUUCGCGGGAUACUUCGCACAGAAGCACGACGAUCCGGAGGAUUUCGAGUGGAAGUUUUGUAAGAGAUACUUACGAUGACACCGGCACGAACGACCGACAAACGGCUUUAAACCAAACAACGAAUAUGACGUACUGGCUGGUGUUAAUAUUAUUUGUCUGGCCGGUUACGGUCUCGUCAGAGGGUUGCAAAUUCCCGACACGAUGGGAGGGCGUGUGGUUUCAGUCGGGCAUCCGCCAGUCGAUCGUGGUGCAAGCCAACCGCUUCAGCAUCAAAGGAAAAUGUUUAGAUUCGGACGGCGACAAGUUUCUGCUGUCGGACGAGAAAAAGCCGUGUUACCGAUGCGUGGUCAUUCACGAGAAACAUCAUAACGUCCUGCAGUACAAAGAAACUUUCUGCAACGAGAUGGGUACACUGAAGACCAUAUGUCCACUGAUUACCGGCGACGCUCUUCUGUACUCCAUGUUCCGGGAAACGGGCAAUCCCAUGCAGUGCCCGUUCAAACCCCCGUACACGUUCACGUACAACCGUGGCCACGGCGACUGCAAAAAUCCUGUUUCCACGGUGGAGGCUUGCACCCAGGAUUCGAGGCUGCUGAUCCGAUACCAGGCGUGUCCCGACGUCGAAGGAUCCGAGAGCGCGCUCGAAGAAGUGGAAUGCAUCGCCGGGUGGAAAGAGGGUUCGUACAGAUUCCUCGUGGGCCGCGUCCACCACAGCAACGGUAUACCGAUGUCGACCGAGGACCGGUUCAAGUGUUUCAUAUACGAGCGGACGACGUCCCAGAGACAACUCAAAGGCUCCGGCGUUUCCGGGGACGUUGAGUACAGGGUGGCGCAGUCUGGCGACGCCACGUGCAGCGGGUUGUUCAGCCCGCUUGAAGGAUCCAGAACGAUGAUACUGAAAAAAGAAACGUCGGAGACGAAGUGCACUUUCCCGCUGUGGUUGACCGAGUAUCAACGGUGGCGGACGCUGGACCACGGCAAGACGUUCACGUUCCUGCACCACCACAACAACAGCACCCUGAAGCUGGUGUCCACCACUCUGGACCACGCGUUCACCACACAGACCAUACAGACCUCGCACCAGUUCUUCUACAACCAGCCGCUGGUGGCGCCGCUGCCCGGGCACGAGAUGAAGCUGACGUGCCAGCAGGAGAUGGAAGUGGCGCCGUACCGGUUCACAACGAUGGCGCACUACGUUACCGGAUGCCAAAGCGGUUACAUUUGUCUGGACUUUCACCGCAGGGCCAACGAUUUGGCCGAACUUCAAAUGGGUCAGCCGAGUAGGAGACCGGAAGACGCGUGCAACCCGCCGAACUUCGAUGCGCACGCUACGGAUUCAAUUACGCUAGUGGCGUCCAAGUCGGAUUUUCGAAACUGCCCUUUUAAAGGUAUCUAUGAGAUCAAGAAAGUCAGCAAGAGCAUUUCGUGGAGCGACGUGUCUACGAUAUCCCAAGGCAAUAACAAUCCAAACUUGCCGGUGGACCUACUGACGUCCGACAUGCACCACCAGUCGCCGAUGAUGUUGACGUCCACCUCGCCGCCGUCGCCAAAACGCCAUUCGUCCGAGCAUUACGAGAAAUCGUCGGACGAUUGGAGCGUGGUGUACAAGAAGCUGCAGCCGGACCUGCCAAGCCUGGUGAAGUCUAGGAAGAACACGAGCAAGGAGUUCGGGCGGCUGUCCGAGUACGGCGACGACAGCGACGACGGUGAGGUGAUAUUACGCAGGGUCAAGCGGAAGGGCCAGCGGAUCCUGAACAGCAAAACGACGGCCGAAGAUGAAUGCAAGUUGAACCUGACCUCGAUAAUGUUCUCGUGCGGGUCCGCGGACGCGUUGGAACUGGUGGCCGCGUGCCCUCGGAUAGCGCACUUGCGAUCAGCGUACAAGUGUCACGGAGGUUGGAAAGAAAACGGAACGGUGCACCAGAUAAUCAGCAGCGACUCGCCGUCGGCGGCCGGCUGGAGGAAGCUGUACUGCCUGACGUACGUCAAGUGGCCGCCGGACCGCGUGCAGGUGUCCGUGUACGCGGACAACUGCAACCCCGACAACAACCGCACCGGGGUGACGGCGGCCGACGAGGGGCUCGUCUUGUCGUUCAACAUCUCGCUAUCGCCGUCCGGCGAAACGCCGUGCAACGAGGUCAACGAAUCGUCGGUCGUCGGAUCCACCUUGACCGUGGUAGCGGUCGCCGUCGGUCUACUCCUCAUGCGGCAGUCGUCGGCCGACAGAUGAUUUUUCGCUUGAAGAGAAAAACGCGAACGGCACGACGUGAUCGUACAAUAAUGAUAUAACGACGACGAACAUUAUAUUGUUAUUGUUACACUCCGUCCGCCGCCACCCAAUGGGCACGUGCGCAGGCGUGCGCGAAUGCGUGUGUAACAUACAAUUGUUUUCUUAUAGCAAAUGCAUUUUGAAACUUUAUUUUUUGUUUUUGUUUUCUAGUGUAAAUAACACGCGUAACAAUGUUACGCAUUACGUACUUAGGUAUCAACCGUAUACGUUUAGCGAUUAACGACGAAAACACUUGCGACGCUAUUUAUAUUUUAUACAUGAUUACGAACAUAUUAUUAUUAUUAUUACGUUAUUGUAACGCCUGUGUUUUUUCCCCUCUUUUUUUUUUUUUUUGGUGUUAUUUCCUUUAUUUUGCAAAAGACUGAUCGACGUUUUAUCCCUUUUAACGGAUACGCCUUUCGUACGAGGUGGCACGCCGCCGGGAUGGCAUAUUUACGAUCCAUCACGAUUUCGGACCGGUUCUGGUGCGUGCCCCCGAAACCUGUAUACCAUGCGUUCGUGUGGCUACGCGCGCUUAAGAAACACUCGGAGUGGUCCCCGACGCGGUUUUUAUCGAUCUCGUCGAAGAUUUUCACCAAAGCUAUAGACAUCAUCUCGUUUUGGCCCUUCGUUGGGAUCGUUACGGGAUACACAGUACCGUCGUGUUGGUCACGGAAUGGGCUGAAAAGAUAGUAACUAGGUUCGGUGGACCAAUCAUCCCGUGGACACUCGUCCACGUCAGCAUGGACGGUUUGUCGAGAAACAUGUCUUCGGACCCCACAAUGAAGAACAGCGGCGUUCCGUCAAAGUAGUCGCGAAUCGUUUUGGUCGGUAAACAAGUGGUAGUGCGCAACGAUCGGCGUUCGAAAACAACGUGUAAAAGAAAGAAAAAAAGGGAAGAAAAAAAACAGUUUAGGCGUUUUCGAUUUAGACGAGAUACGCGUGAGCGAAAAAAUAACCGAAAAAACUACGUACAUGCAUAAUAAUAUGAAUUACGAAUGUAUAUUUUUAUUAUUAUUAUUAUUAUUAUUAUUAUUAUUAU